AUGGCGUGCCCCAACGCUGAACUCUCGAGACAUCAUACCGGAGACGUUCGAACUCUUGUCGACAACUCUCUCACUCCCCAAAUGUCAACCGUUCGCUCAUUUGCACGAGCUCUCGGCGCAACCAGGAGGGUCGCGCUGUCCGCGCCUGCCAGGCCUGUGUUCAGGGCCCCUCUCGCCCGCUCCGUCCGCUACGGCUCCCACUUGCCGGACCGCAACUCGUCGUUCACCAAGGUCACCGAGGAUCAUGUCAAGCAAAUGAGGUCUAUGCUUGGCUCGCCGUCCUCUCUGCUUACCACCCUGGAUGGCUCAUCGACGGCCGACGACUUGGCCAACUUCAACAACGAUUGGAUGAAUAAAUACCACGGUCACAGCCAGGUCGUUGUCAAGCCAAAGACGACGGAGGAAGUGUCUAGCAUCAUGAAGUUCUGCAAUGAGAACAAUAUCGCAGUCGUUCCCCAGGGCGGAAACACAGGCCUUGUUGGUGGGUGA